GGCUGUGAAGCUCUCUUCUGUCUUCACAGAGACUGCGGGAGAGAGAGAGAGAUGGCGAACUUAUCUUCAUGCUUAGCUCUCCCUUCCCAGUUCCGAACCCUUUCGCUCCAUUCCCAUUCUCCUUCUUCUUCUUCUUCUUCUUCCAGUCUCACCCCCUUCAAGCCCCUCAGCUUCUCCACCAGCCUCUCCAGCAAUGUCUUCUCCCGAGGUUGCGUUUCGGUGCAGAAGCCGCCUCCUCGCCUCUCCAUUGUCUGCGAGGCAGCCCCGAAGAAGAAGGCCGACUCUGCCGCCAAGAGAGCUCGCCAAGCUGAGAAGAGGCGCAUCUACAACAAAGCCCACAAGUCUGAAAUCAAGACUCGGAUGAAGAAGGUAUUGGAAGCACUAGAUGGACUCAGGAAGAAACCAGAAGCGCAGGCAGAGGAAAUCUUUCCCAUCGAGAAACUGAUUGCGGAUGCAUACUCGGUCAUUGACAAAGCAGUAAAGGUGGGAACACUGCACAGGAACACUGGAGCGCGGAGGAAGUCCCGACUCGCUAGAAGAAAGAAGGCUGUGGAAAUCCACCACGGAUGGUAUGUCCCUGCUGCUGCGACAGCCGGGUCUUCAAAUGCUUGAGAGCUAUAUAUGUGAAAAUGAAACAGGGGAUAGGGCAAAGAAUUUUGUCCUCUUUCUGUGUAGGGGAUGGUGAUGGUCUCUCUUCCAUUUUUGUCAUGAAUGAUCAUUGUAAUGCUCCAUUUUGCGCGGUAUAUGAUUACAGAUUCUGACCAUUUCUUAUGCGAUGCUUCUGAGUUGCAAGAUC